CGCAGCAAGCGACAUUGCACCAAGAAGCAGCUGUGAUCAUACUGCGGCACUGACCCUCCCUCCCCUGCAGCAGGUGCUUGGGAGGAGGUCUGCCUACUGCGGUUUGCUGCAGUCUCUGGCCGGCUCCUUCAGGAUCCAUCACAGGCCCCGCUACCCCGCCCAGGUCGCCUCUGCUUCAGCCAUCUGACUCACAGCUUCGGCAUCGCCUUUCAUCCCCACGGCAGCCUGCCCUGGCUUCUGCAGUCCGUUCGCUGCUGCUGGUUCAUCUCGGCGCCCCGCCACCGCGCAUCUGUUGUUUUGGUGAGUCUUUCCCCCCCGCGGAGGUCAGAUCUCUUGGUAUCGGUGUUAGCCACCUGUGCAUUAUCUUUUAAAAAUGGCCGAGUCAGCCGAACACAAGAAUCUGUCAGAAUCUAGUCAAGAAGAGGUUGAUAAUAAGGUGAUGGUGCAGGAGAUCGGGGAACUUGAGGACCGCGGUGAAGAUGUCUCCACUGAUCCUGGAGAGGAUAGGGAACGCGGGGAGGAAGCCGCCGCUGGGAUCCAGGAAGAAGGGGGCAAAGGCGAAGAAGCUGUUGCAGAGUCUGGGCAAGAAGAGGGGGAAGGUGGAGAUACUGAUAAGGACUCAGAGCCAGAUCGUCCAAAAGGACUUAUAGGUUACCUUCUAGACACAGACUUUGUUGAAAGUCUCCCUGUGAAAGUGAAGUACCGCGUUUUAGCCCUUAAAAAGCUUCAAACUAGAGUGGCCAAUUUAGAAUCGAAAUUCCUGAGGGAAUUUCAUGAUAUUGAAAGAAAGUUUGCUGAAAUGUAUCAACCUUUACUGGAGAAAAGACGGCAGAUCAUCAAUGCAGUCUAUGAACCUACAGAAGAGGAAUGUGAAUAUAAACCAGAGCCUGAGGACUGUAAUGAUGAGGAAAUGUGUGAUGAGGAAGAGAUGCAUGUUAAUGAGGAAGGCAUGACACCUGAGUACAUGAAUGAAGAUGAUGGUUAUGAUGAGGGCUAUUAUGAUUACGAGAUUGAGGAGGAAGAGGAGGAGGAGGAGGAAGAUGACAACACUGAAGCCAGUGGAGAAGAGAAUAAAGAAGAGGAUCCUAAAGGAAUUCCAGACUUUUGGCUGACUGUUUUAAAAAAUGUUGAAGCACUCACGCCUUUGAUUAAGAAAUAUGACGAGCCUAUUCUGAAGCUCCUGACAGACAUCAAAGUGAAGCUUUCAGAGCCAGGAGAGCCCCUGAGUUUCACAUUGGAAUUUCACUUUAAGCCCAAUGAGUAUUUCAAAAAUGAGCUCCUGACAAAAACCUAUGUGCUGAAGUCAAGGCUGGGAUACUGUGAUCCCCACCCCUAUAGGGGAACUGCUAUCGAGUAUUGCAAAGGCUGUGACAUAGAUUGGAAUGAAGGCAAGAAUGUCACUCUGAAAACUGUCAAGAAGAAGCAGAAACAUCGCGUGUGGGGAACAAUCAGAACUGUGACUGAAGAUUAUCCCAAGGAUUCAUUCUUUAAUUACUUCUCUCCUCAUGGGAUAAGCUUAAAUGGGGGGGAUAGAAAUGAGGAUUUUUUACUUGGUCACAAUUUACGUACUUACAUAAUUCCAAGAUCUGUAUUAUUUUUCUCUGGUGAUGCAGUUGAAUCUCAGCAGGAGGGGGUAGUUAGGGAAGUUAAUGAUGCAAUUUAUGAUAAAAUUAUUUAUGAUAAUUGGAUGGCUGCAAUUGAGGAGGUUAAAGCCUGUUGCAAAAAUCUUGAGACAUUAGUGGAAGAUAUUGAUCGUUAAAGCAGAGCAUGUGACAGUGAAAUUAACUGCUCUAUGUGUAGACACUCAAGAUGUAAGAAGUUAGUAAUAGUUGUGUGUUCUGUAUUUUUCUUGUCAUGUCAGUUAAAAUGUCUCAAAACAUAAAAAUGUUCAAAUGCUAAUUAACUUGAACUUGCAUUUUAGUAGUAGGAUGUUUUCAAGACAUGUAGACCGUGGUAAAAUAAUUCAAGGAAUUAAUAUAGUAUAUAGUUAAAUUGCCCUGAAGUCUUUUUGUCAUGUAGCUAUUAAUAUGUAACUGUGAAUAUUAUCAGAACUGCUAGGUAAGAUUAACAUUUGUCUGCCAAGAAAAUAUUGGGAAGCAACCUGAGAUUUUGCUGUUAAUUUGGUUUUUAUUCUGCUUUUAUUUUCUUAGUCCUUUAGCUAGAGGGUUUAAUUUUGUUGUGCCUGCUUUAUUUUGAAUUAGAAAUGUAGUAGAAAUUAAAACUUAAAUAUCUAAGAGAACUGUAUGUAUUGAACACUUCAGUCAAGACCAUGUUUGUUAUUAGUAACAAUUAUGCACAAGUUCUUGUAUGUUAUGUGACUGUGAUAAAUAAUAAAAUGUAGUUGUAUUGAAAUUACUGUUUAUCAUUGAAAUGACAGUUAAUAGUAUUUUGUAAAGCUUGCAAAUAUUGUCCUGUGUAAUUGUGUAAGCCAUGAUUGCAAUGUAUAAUUUUCUUAUAGUAUGUUAACUCAUUCAUUGAAAUUGGACACUUUAGCAUUUUGAAAGAUAUUUCAUAUUCCAUUCCUUCAGUGAAUAAUAAAAUGAAAAUAUUA